CACCGCGCACGCUUUUCACGCGCGAGAUGCCCCACAAUUUGAACUCAGCUUCCGUCAACUCCGCCAACACGGGACCGAAUCACCAGCCCUACAAUCACCACCCUUAUCAUCGACCCAACGGAGAUGGACUCCAGCCAGAGAAAGAGCCGGUGGAAUUCGACACGUCGCAUCUGCGGGGUGCACCGGCUGAAGUCGAGGCGUUGGUGCAUAACAUCAAGGAGGUUGCGCAACAGUUCCUCUACCACUGGAGAACAUUCCCCAUCGUUCUUCCUCCUCCGUUGUCCACGUGCACGGAGGGCGAAGACACUCUUGCUAGGAAGAAACACCAUCUUAGGGAUUUGUUUGUAGCACCCAGCUUUGACGAGCUUGAUUCAGUCGCCGUUGAUAGCAAGGGUGAACCUAGGAGGUUGACCAAGAAGCAGUUGGAGAGCAUCAGUAAACGAGGCUUUCAGAAGGAGAAGUACGGAAAACCGAAGAAGCUGAAUGCCACUCAAUUGGAGAGCAUUCGAAGAUGCGGGGAGUUCGAAGUGGAUUCCAUCAAUUUUACUGGACAAACGCACCGAUGGCGAUUGAGUGGACUUCUUCAACGUGGACGAGACAGAAGGAGAGAUGCGUUACUUCGAGAUCUUGCUUUGGCAACCAGGUUUCUUGUCGUUACAGCCAAAGCUAGACUGGUCUCUCACUGUUUCAGCGUUUCUCAAUCUUUAAAGGCAUUGCUAACAGGACUCUUACGGCUUCUUGAUAUAGUAAUUGGCGUGCCCUCGCUUCAGGCACACAAUUUAGAUGCCAAAAUCAAGGAAGAGAGGUGUCGAUACUUGGUCGCUGAACUGGUGUGCAGGCCGGAGUACGAAGACUCGUUGGAGCUUCUGUGCGGUUUCGUCCGGAAACAGCUUCGACGAGCCACUAUGGAGAAAUUCGAAGUUGAAAGAGAACUGUCGCAGCUGUUGCCAAUCCCGGUUCCUUUCGUGUUUGGAACGCCUGGCGGAGCAGUGGUUGAUCUUAGAUUAUUUAGCAAAGACAUUAUCAGAAAAGCUUUACCGAUUUUAGUUUCUAUUUUGGAGAGAGAGACACGAGGCUGGUUUCUUCAUUUCAGAGAAAGACUGAUAUCAGAAUUGAGAGCUCGAAAAAAGCCGGAUGAAGAAAUUGAAAGAGAAGUCAACGAAGCUGUUAUGAGAGAGUACCUGCAAAGGGUUUUCUCUAAUAUUUUGUCGCACCCGGACAUACUCGAUCUCGGUAACGGAAUUGCUCAACUUUUAGUUCAACAAGCGCAAUCCGUCGUAUUGAUGCAUCGAGCUAUAGAAACGGUGCAGCGUAAAUUACUGCAGACUAAAGAAUCACUGAGACGUCAUAUGGAAGACGAGCAUCCAGUUCUUUCGCGAAUAGAACCUUGGAUGCGUGACAGGAUGAGAGAGGUCGAGGAAAAGUUUAUAGAAGAAUGCGAAUGGAGUGCCCACGAAGAAGCCCUUACACUGUGUACUCAUCAAAAUUUGCAACAAACGGUUUACUUUCUUAAUCGUGAUUUGACGUUUAUGAAGGAGAGAGAGCCAGUUUUGUUGAAAGAAUUGCGAAAAGUAAAAACCCCAACUAGGAGCUUCCAAUGGCCGACUCAAAUAUGGCUUCCAAAAAAUUGGAUCGUCAGGCGUAAUUUCCAAGGCCAGUCUGAGAUCAUACCAACGGUGCUGAGCAAUACUCCGACAUCUAUUACGACGCCUCGAGCUGAUCCAAGUCAACCAGUCUUCUUAGUUGAACGAGAAAUCGUGCAUACAACGACAACAAGGUGGCCUAUGUGGCGUUGGAUCAAUUAUGUUGCUAGAACAUGGUGUUGGACUUGGAAUGCAAUGUUCUUAUUAGGUGUAGCUGUACCAUGGUGUAGUCCAGUUUCCAUACGAGCUUUGUUGCUCGUGCAACCCUUCACCCCUGAUCUAGAAUUGAGUCAACUGAAUGGAACUUUAUUCCCCAGAAAAUCCUCUCAAAUGCCCACACUUUGUUCUCGUUUAAUCGCUCUUUGGAGACAUAUUAGCAAGAGUCGAACACAUUUUGAAACUGAACCGGAUACUGGAUUUAUUGGAAAAGGAAUGACGAGGCAUUUAAACAGGUUAUGGAAUUAUGGCGUAAAAGGACUCCUAGGAACACUCAUCAUAUUAUUUGUUUUUCCUAUUGUGUGUAUAGUUACCAGUUUAGGAUCACUCCUCAUUGCACUUACCGCGGUUUUGUGGAUGCCUUUGAUUACUUUGGCACUGCAUGCAUUCAUGGCGCUCAUCAUGGAUUUGGAUAGUCCAGAACCAAGUAGAAAUCGGUACUUGGUCAUUAUGGAAGCAUUAGUUUGGAAUAUUGGUAUACAAGGGUGUCUACAACCGCUCGCAGCAUUAAUUGUAGCUAUUACUUUUUGCCCCAUCAUUUCUUUUGUGAUACUUACAGUUGCUGUGAUACGUUAUUGGAUUAGAGUGGUCUGGGACACGACUAUGUUCCAUUUAGUAAUAAAGAACAGGGGUCGUAUUCCCGCCAGUGAUAGUUUUGUGGUUAAAAGAAUAGCUGGACCAGGGUUAACAUCUGAUUAUUACUAUCAAAUUAGACCUGAACAAGCAUUAGCUGCGUUCGAAGCUAAACUAGAGCUAGACGAAUUGCUAGCAUUCCAGCAAGAAACAGAACGAUUAAUUACCCAACCUCAAAGAGAUUUUACUCAAUUCGUGGAGGCGUGUUUCGGUCCAUUCGCUGCUAGCCUUGCCAAAACAAAAGAUCCGUACAAAUCGCUUGAAAAGGAAGCCAAAGAUCUGAUCGCUGUAUUACACGAGAAAUUAGAUAGACGUAGGAAAAAUUUACAAACUGGUCUUGGAAUGGUUGUGAGAAGUAAAAUAAAAUUGACCACCUUUGAUUUGAAAGUGGUGAUACAACAGGGGGCUCUCAUGUUGGAACGCCUUUAUCCUACCCACGUGUUCGCCAGAUUGACAGGAAACGAAGAAGAUUUCUGGGAAAACAAAGGUUUAAGUGUCGGUGACUGGGCCGGUUUGGCUGGACUUAUGUAUGCAGAUAUUUUUAGUUUAAAUUUUCUUCAACCCCUUGAUGACGCAGACACAAAGUUCAGGCUAGAACCUCAUCCUGGUGUCGACCUGUCGCGUUACACCGACAUGGUUCACAGUACUGAACUAGGUGGUACCAAUGGGCCAGAUUUACUCGGGGCCGUUUAUGCACCACGUGGAAAUAUACAAGUUUACAGCCCUUACUUAGAAGUUUCAGCUUUUAAUCCACGGGUUAAACAAACCAGUAAUAGUAGAAAAUCUGAUAAACGAUGUGAUACUGGAGGACUUCUGACGUCAACGAAAAUUAGAAGACGCACAACAUCAUCAAAUGGUACUACGGAAGCGCGUUGGCAGCCAUGGAAACGACAGAUUCGUCCUUACAGUGCUGAGAAGUUGCUUAUUCCACUUCCUAUUCCACAUCCAGCUCAUAUAGCUGUUACCAUUCACAAUCGUGAUUCUGAAAAUCCGAUUCCACUUGAUUCUGAACUUUGUCAGAAUAUAUUGAAAGCAAUAGAAGAAUCUCCCGGUGAAAUGUCUAGCGAAUACGUUAGUCGUUACAGAGGAGCUGCGGAUUCUAGUUUCGAUUCGGUAGCUUCUCAUUCUUCAGUUUCUGUCGAAACUGGCUUAGACAAAGAUAACGAAACGCAAGAAACCACGAAUACAGAGAAAGAAGGUGAAACGUAUCAUUGGACGUUAUCGAAUUGGGGUGGUGGUAUGACUAGAAGAAGAAACAAUUCUGGAUCUGUAAAAGUCGAUCUAGCAUCUCCAGAAGACGUUACUCUGGACACCGAUACCACCAGAGUGAUGUUCAGUACGUACGGAACAACUGUUUGAAUUAAAUUUACUUAUAACACCAGGUAAAUAUACUAUACAUAAUAGGUGCGAGUAGAAACGAAUAAUUAUUAUAAAAAGGAAACCAGUGUAAGUUUAGUUGACAUCUUUCGUCGAAACGAUAAAUUUGCAUUUAUUCGUUUGACUUCUAUUCUUGUGAGAUAGAUCAAGUCAAAUUUUCCUACUUACGAAACCUACUUUCAUUUAAAUUUCUAAAAUUUAUUUUAUCAACAUCGUUUUUUAGGUACAAUUUAAUUACACUCGAGAAUGUAUUAUAUUCAACUGUUUUAUAUUCAACAGCUACGAACAAAUUUUUUAAUUUUUUUUAGAGAUAGUAAUGUCUUAGAGUUUUAAUAAGCAUCGUAUUGGAAUGUGGCACAAAAUGCGUAAAAAUAUAUCAAAAUUUUACUAGAUAAAAUCAAGCAUAAGAAAAACAUUUAUUAAAUAUUUAGUAAAGCUUACAUUAAUUUACAUAUUGUUAUGUAUACCUGAUCAAUAUACUGAUAUCGAUUUCACCGCAGUAGCAUGUUAUCUUUUCUGUUUUGAUCUUUGUAUUGAUCUUUGAUUAGUUUAUAAUUAAUCAGUGAUUACCAUUUAAAAUAUUCAUUCGUACGAAAAUUACAUAAAAACUCAUGGUUGAUAAUAAUGAUAAGUAUAGAAUGCUCAUCUGCGAAGUCUGGGAUGUCAUUACCGAUUCAUAACUUUUAUGUAUACAGAUUAUAAAGCAGAAGAAAUAAUUAGAAUUUUAGCAUAUAAAUGGCAAACACCAUUCUAAAAAAGCCUCUUCAAAUCUACGUUAAAAAAAUUAUACAACAUUCUUAUUAAUAUAUUGUAUAUAGGUAGUUAAUUGUAUAAAUAAACUUGUUAAUGUAAUAAUAUUUCAAAGACAUUUUCUUGUUGUUUACGCUAAAGGCCAUUUAAAUGAAUAUGUAAAAGUUUGCUCUCUUUCAAUAUCUACAUAAUUCAUGAAAGAUAAAGUCGUAAGGUUAUUUCACUCUACAAAACAUUUAUAAAAAUUUCAUGCUGCCAGUAUAUCAUAUAAUCUGACAGUAAUUCAUUAACUCCAGUUACAAUUAAUUUGCACUAUUUUGUAAUAUAUAUAUACAAACACCAAUGAACGAAUUCUUAUGAUAAUUAGGACUAUUAACUAUCAAAUUUUCAUUUCAUUUCAAAAUUAAAUUACAAAUGUAACAAUGACCUCUUUAAUUGAAUGAAAUAUUUUAGUCAUUGUAAACAUCCUCCUGAUUAUUGUUUAACUGUAUUCUUCGUUGUUUUUAAUCCCAAUAUUGUUGAUAUAUAUAUAAGUUAAUUAUACUAUGUAUUUCUAUUGUAAAAGUAGUGCAAGAUUUGAAAUUCAACUAUAACGAAUAAUGUCUUCUAUACAUAUAUUGAAAGUGUUGAGACAUACUAUGAAAGUGAAAAAUUUCAAUAAUAUAAAACGAACGUUAUACAAUCUUGAAAUUUAUAAUAAUUAAAAUCGCACAAUAUAUAUUAAUACCAGUUGUAAUGUUUUGCCGAAAUUAUUUGUUUAAAUUCUAUGUCUCAAUGCAAUUGAAAAAUACAUUAUACAGAAUAAUAAUUAAUCAGAAUUUUAAAAAGUAUUAAAUAAAAUCCGAUGAAAAUCUUCUAUGAUAGAUAUUUAAAUCUAGAUGUCGUAAACCAUAGAAACGUUAAGCGAUAAAACGAUUAUACAACUUUUUGACCAGUCUUUGUUUGCUGUCAAAUUAAAUAAUAGAUAAGAAACUAAGCGCUCCAUUUUUUAAAGAAAAGGCACAUUUUUAAAAUUGCCUUGGAAUUUACUACUGUAACAUACAUAUGUAUAAGUCCAUCCAAGAGAGAACAUCCAAUGAAAAUACUGUUAUAGUUCUCAAUAACUAUACAGUUAAUUAUUAAUUGCAUAAUAUCCAUCCAAGGAGUGCUCAAAAUUAGUGCAAACCUAAGUAUAUCUGAUGGCAAACAGAAUGAUGCAAUAUGUAAAAUUAAACAGCUUAUGUUAACGAGAAAAUACACUGGUUAUAAAAGUUCUUGUGUUACAUAAUUCAGGAUUAAUUGAAUAACAAUGAACAAAUGUUUGUGUAAUUCACAUAUUUUGUAAAUUUUAUUUUUUAACGUUAAAAGUAAUGAUUAUGAUUGUUAAUUCUUUGAAACAUAAUUUUAAAAGGUAACUGCUGUUAAUAACUUUCUGCUCCAUAAAUAAAAUAUAUACAUAUAAAUAUAUACCAUUUUUUCAGUGGCAAUAUAAACAUUAAUCUUAGAAAUUAUAAUCUAAAUGUUUCAAAGGAUUAUCCAUGAUUACAAAGAUAAGUCUAAGGAAAAAAACAGAACAAAAUACUCAGAUAUUAUUUCUUAUAAAAAGAGAAUGAUGCAUGAUGAAAAGGAAUCAGUAGUGUGUAUUAUUAUAAAUCUACCAAUUGUAGGAAAUAUUGUAUCAUGAAUGUAGCAUUAAUCAAACAUGCAUACGUACAAA